UAUAAUUUAUACUUAAUCAAGCUAGUAAUUCUAUUUUUUAAACUUUCAUUCGAAUCAUCAAGGUCAAUGACCACUCUGUUACACAAAAAUUUCCUAGUAGAGUGGGUGAGUUUUAGCCUAUGUUCUUUUAUAAUCAAUAAAAUAUAGGCAUUUUAGUUCUAGUGCCAGAAGUUGACUAGUUGAAAAUUGUCGCAAUCUACGGUUUAACAGCUUUGUGCUAUUUCAGCUUAAAAUAUUAGAGAAUGAACUGUUCAUAAAGUAUCGGACGAGGAUAUUUAUGAUAGGAAGACAUAAAUUCUCUCUAAAAUAUCAUAUCUAGUAUUAAUUCUUAAUUCUUUAGAAUGACCUUCAGACUAGCCACAAUUUUCUCUAGAAUAUGUCUGAUACUUCUACUUUCAAUAGCAAUCCUUUCGUUUAUUUAUGAGUAUAGAAGUAAUAUUGAGAAUGUUGGCGAAGUAUCAAUUGAUGAGAAGGGUCUAUCAUUGAGCCCUAAAGUAGUUUAUCAUACUAAACCUACAUUUAAUAAAGUUACGGAGAAGUUAAAAGUAAAAAUAACUCAGGACAAUUCUUCAACCUACGAAUUACAAGACGAUAUAGAUCUGGAUAGUUAUACUUCUUUAUAUAGAAAUGUAUAUAGAUAUGAAAGAACACAUGCACCUGGACUAUUUGCGAACUUAUCGCUACAAGCUGGCUCAGCUUUUUCUGACCAACUUCGAGAGUCAAGAAAAUCAUAUAUAAGUGGUAUUUUACCUGAAAAGGAUAGACCAAAAUCUGAUGUUAUAACAAUACUCUUAUAUCAUCCAUUCUAUAAAGGGGGACCAGCUGAUUGGAAAUUUGGACUUGGAAUGAAAGGAUUUAAAGAUGCAAACUGCAGAAUUGACGCUUGCAAUCUUGUUUCUGACAAGUCAUAUUUGGAAACAGCUGAAGCACUUAUAUUCUUCACCCCAUCUUUCUAUCCUCAAGUCUCAAUUCCAAAUCGUUUUCCUAAACAUAAAAGGCCACCGUAUCAAAAAUGGAUAGUUCAUCUCAUGGAAUCGAAUGUUUAUGGGUGGUUGGAUACAGCAAAAUAUGCUGGUUAUUAUAAUUGGACGAUGAGCUAUCAACGUCAUUCAGAUGUUUAUACUCCGUUUGGACACUACGAAAAACUAAAUAGUGGAGAGACAAACUUUGAUGAAUCGUUCAACCAUGCUACAGGUAAAACAAAGUUCUCAGCUUGGUUUGUUAGUCAUUGCGACACACAAAGUAAAAGAUCGACAUAUGUGUCACAGCUCAAAGAGCACAUUCCAGUAGAUAUAUAUGGUCCCUGCGGGAAUCUCCGAUGCUUCGGUCACGAAAAAUGCCAUGAGCUUCUACAACGCAAUUAUAAAUUCUACUUGGCUUUCGAAAAUUCUUUUUGCAUUGAUUACGCUACGGAGAAGGUUUGGAAAAUUCUCCCCUUGAAUGUUAUCCCAGUUGUAUUGGGAAAUGUUGCCUAUCAGGAAUUGUUACCACCAAACUCAUAUAUAGAUGUGAGAAACUUUUCAUCGCCUCGAAAACUUGCUGAAUAUCUCAUUCACUUAGAUAAGAAUGAUGCUGCCUAUAACAAAUAUUUCCAGUGGAAAAAACACUAUAAAGCUUAUGUUGAUUUUGGAAUUUGGGACAAUAAUAGAUUUGUCAUGUGCAACUUAUGUGAAAGUCUUCAUACUCAAAGGAACAGAACAAAAAUAUAUACUAGACCAGAAUUUCAUUGGAAUGUCGACGCUCAAUGUAUGUCAGCCAAACAAUUCUAUAAGAAUAUAACAGAAGUGAAUAUCGUAUAGUUUAAAUAUGUUUUUUCUAAAUUAUUGUUUUAUGACUUCCAAUACAAAUUUAAGCCUCAAAACCUAACGGAUGCUUGGCGUUAAAUUAAUAAAUUCAUUCACAUUUUACCCUUAUCCUUAUAUUGUAUAAAAAUUAACAAAC